AUGUCCCCAGACGUAGAGAAGGGCUUACCGAUUCAAAAUUUCUCAGACACAUCACAAGAAGCCAAUGGGAGAAUUCCCUUCAGCGAAACAUGUCCCGUUUCAAAGACUCUUCACAAUGUCAAAUCUCCCCGCGUGGCUGACGGGCCCAUUCCAGGAUCCGGGUCCCCAGUGAAAGGGAAGAGCGCAUGGGCCCGCCUCCACGAUCGACUCGUGUCGAUGGAAUUCUUCGAGUCGCGUGGUAUCGAGCGUGUUCCGAUCGAAGAGCGCCAUGAUAUCAAAGCGGCAGAUUAUCUGCAGAUGAGCCUGUUGUGGUUCAGCACUAAUAUCACGGCGAAUAACAUGGCGCUGGGGAUGCUAGGGCCGUUGGGUUAUGAUCUGGGAUUUGUAGACUCGGCGCUUUGUGCGACUUUCGGUGCGUUGCUUGGUGCUGCCGGGGUUGCGUACAUGGGUACCUUUGGUCCUGCAAGCGGGAAUCGAACGAUGGUCAUUGCACGAUACUUUAUGGGCUACUAUCCUAGCAAAAUCGCAUGUCUGUUGAACAUCAUUAUCAUGCUGGGAUACGGUAUGAUUGAUUGUCUAGUCGGUGGUCAAGUUCUGUCGGCCGUGGCGGGGGGCCGAAUGACCGUCAUCGUGGGGAUUAUCAUCAUCGCCGUCGUGACUUGGGUCAUCGUUCUAUUCGGAAUGAGUGUUUUCCACAUCUACGAACGAUACGCUUGGGUGCCCCAACUCAUCGCUGCGUUUGUUCUGGUCGGCAGCGCCGGUCCUAAAUUCGAUACUUCAAUCGCGUCAACAGGAUCAUCUGAAACCAUCGCUGGCAACCGACUCUCAUUCUUCUCGCUGUGUUUAUCGGCCUCGGUGGCAUGGGCACCUGCCGGCGCUGACUUCUUCGUCUACUUCCCGCCGACCACGUCGAAGUGGAAGACUUUUCUCAUGACCUUCCUUGGCGUCGGACUCGCACUGACCUUUGCCAACCUCUUGGGUGUCGGACUCGCCUCUGGUACAUAUACCCAUGCAUCUUGGGAAACAGCAUAUGAUGUAUCUUCCGGUUCCUUGAUUCUCGCAGGCUACGAUGGUCUUGGCGGCUUCGGUAAAUUCAUGGGUGUUCUUGUCGCGCUUGGCUUGAUCGCAAAUAACAUUCCUGGGACAUACUCCGCCUCCUUGGGCUUUCAAAUUAUGGGUCGACAAUUAGCCCGCCUUCCACGCUGGUUUUACUCUUGCGUCGGCGUUGUAAUUUACACUGCUUGUGCGCUCGGUGGCCGGGACUAUCUCUACGAUAUCUUCGACAAUUUCCUGUCCUUGAUGGGAUACUGGGUGACAAUCUAUUUAAUGAUUGCUGUGGAGGAACAUUCUAUCUUCCGGCGAAAAUUGGGCUUCAAUUGGGAUGACUGGGCCGACCCUUCGAAGUUGCCGGUUGGUAUCGCGGCUUUGGUGGCUUUCUUGGUUGGCUGGGCCGGUGCGAUUGUUUCGAUGGAUCAGGUUUGGUAUGUUGGACCUAUUGCCCAAAGGGUUGGUGCUUAUGGCUCGGAUCUGGGUAUUUGGGUUGGUAUUUCAUGGGCGGGAUUGGUGUAUCCGCCGCUACGAUGGUUGGAGCUCAGGAGAUUUGGCCGGUGA